UUGUUGCGUUGCCCCAGAGAACGUAUAAUAUAAUAAUACGUUCUCUGGUUGCCCUUUGCAACAGCUGAUCUAUAACAUGUGGUCAUUAUAUUUGUAAACUUUUCGUUGAAUUAUGUAAAAACGGAAAUAAGUGUUAUAUAUUUUUAGGAAGUAAAACAUUUAAUAAUCAUGAUAAACACAUUCCUACGUUUAGGAAACCGGUCUGUUUCUAGAAAACCGCAGUUUCAAUUCACGAUUCAAAGGCUAGCUUCUUUUACAGUACGAAAUCUAUUAAAUGAAACAUCCGAUGAAACCGGUACAUUGUUUACACGCUUUGCAAAACAUAUAGCGUUAGAACUACAAAAAGAUGCUCCAAUUGUACCAACAGUAAUCAAGUAUGCUGAUUAUUUUCCAAUAAGUGAUACACGUUACUUGCAAAGAGAAUUGACUCGAAUAUCUCCAGAUCAACUUCCGGCAUUAAUAGUCUACGCAUUCAACUACAGGCCUAGUGCUGAUUUAAAUAAGUAUGCUACAUUACUAAAUGAGUUGGAUACGACUGCCAUAAGGCUGCUUCCAAAGAUGGAUCUUGACACAAUUCUACGAACAUUAUAUGCUUUUCUUUACCUCAUGCCCAACUGGAUUACGAGAACAGAUUUUUAUGAUGCGGCUAUGAAACAUAUAAUAACAAUGGGAAUAGCAGCAGAUACAUCAAAAGAAAAAUUUGUCCAAAUGUGUUUCUAUUUGGGUUUGGACAAAACUCGUAGAGCUACAAACGUUGUAUCUUUUUCAAAUUUUCUAAAUGACCAUUUAGAAUCAUAUAUUGCAACAUUAACUACUUUAGACUUGAUUACAAUUGCCAAUGCUGCUUUUAAAACAUCAACGCGUAUAGAAAGCAAGACAUAUAAUAAUCGUUUAAAAGAAGAAAUACUGAAGCUUUCAUUUGAUGAUAUUGCAAAUGAUGCACUCUUAGUGACUUUAAUUAAAGCAAUGAGAUUUCAGAGGGUUCAAUCAAGGGAAGUCUGUGAGCACCUUCAAAAUUAUUGUACUCAAGAUAUAGUUGAGAGGCUUCAAUUACGCGGUUGCAUUCAUUUAUUCGCUUACUUUGCUGAUAAUCUUUGGGAUGAUGAGCUUUCAAUUGACUCUUUGAUAAAACAAUGCUUAAAUCGACUAGUUCCUUCGCGAAAGUUUCAUAUGAAUGAUGAAAAUGUUCGAUGUAAAGACAUUUCUACAUUUCUAUGGUGUUGUGCACAAGUGAACUGCAAAUUAUCGCCAUCUGACCUGCAAUUAAUUGAGUCAAAUCUAUUGAACAAAGUUGAUCAAAAUGAAUUCCGGAACUAUGUCGAUCAGUUAGUUGAUAGCUGUUUAUCUUUAUGGACAUUAGGCUACAAAUCACGCGAACUUAUUGAGGAAACGUUAAAUUUGAAGCUAAAGGCACGAUUCACUAACAAAAAAGAUCUACGAGAUUUACCUAAAGUCGAGAGUCGCUUACAGGUGCUCUUGUCAGCCAUUAGUAUAGAAGAGCCGAAAUGGCGGUUGAAAAAUAUAAAAGGGUUUACGGAAAUAGCUGUCGAUACAGAAGCUCCAACAUAUUUACUAAAAAAUCGCCAAAGUUUGAUAGAUAUGAAGAAAAAAAUUGUAGAGCACAACAAUGUACUUUCAGCUCAAUUAGUUUGCCCUAUUAGUGGCAUAAAUAUCCCCAGCGUUCUAGUGAGAUAUAAGGAACCUGCUAAUCUAAGAGUAUUUGUGGAGCUAAUUCCAGAGGAGCAAAGGUUGAGAUUUAGUAAGUCUCCUAUAGGAUUAAUAGGACUAAAGAUCCGAUUAUUGUCAACUUUGGGAUAUAAAGUCAUAACAUUAACUGAAUCACAAUGUAAUGAGAAUGAAAACAGUUUAGCAUUUUUGGAGCAUAACACCGAAGGCAGUGAUAUUCCGGAGGCCCAAUCAUUGAAAGUUUAAAUAUUAAAUGUGAUUUUGUUAUCAUGUACACAUAUAAGGAUUGCGUGAAGAAAUAAUUACAUUAAAAUAAAUAUAAUAUACAGUCGAACUUCCAUAACUCGAAUCACUAUUAUCCCAAAAAAAACUUCGACUUAGGGAGACUUCGAGUUAUAGAAAUUUUUUUUUUUUUUAAAGAAACUCAAUUGCUACUUUAGAGUAUAUUAAAUGAUGAAUAUGUAUUUGUUGUUUAAAACACACAUUACAGAAAACUGUAAUAAGUUACAGUGAAGUGAAGUAUUCAGAAAUUAGUGACUGAAAAUUUUCUUUUUUUUUUUGUAUUUUCAAUAAAAAAUGACUCUAAUUUGUUUAAAGCCGUAUAGUGCUCAUCAGUUGUAGUGUCAUUUGUUUGCAAAUAUAAACUCAAUGUUCGGAAAGCAUUUGGAGGCUGGUGAAUAGUUUCUUCUACCGAUCCCUCGCCGUCACUCUCCGUUCCGCUUAAUAUUGUAUCAUCUAAUUCAGGGCAGUAAUUCUCAACAAUAUCAGCAUCUGUAGGAAAGCCAGUUGUGCAAAGGUCAUUAUCUACUGCAAUAUAAUCCUGAAGAGUAGCACUGCAAGUUAUUUUGUUUACUUUUAACCAUGCUUCGUAAUCAGCUUCAAUUACAUUUCGAUAUUCAUCAGUAGUACUUAAAAACUCAGAGGUAUGUCAUCUUCCUCUUCCCAUUCAGAGUAUUGACCAAAUCCAGCUUUUUUGAAGCAAUUCGCUAUGGUUUGAUUUUUGACGUCAAUAUCCCAAGCUUUUGUUACAUGAUUGAUGCAAUCCGUAAGUGUAAUAUCUUGUUUUUCGUUUGCCUCUAUACGCUUUAGUGCUUCUUUUACUAUUCUGGUACGAUAAAAAACUUUCAAGUUUUUAAUUACUCCCUGAUCCAGCGGCUGUAAUUUAGAGGUCAUAUUCGGUGGAAAAAAUGCAGGUUCAAUGGCUUUCAGUUUGCUUUGUACGUCUUUAGAAUGUGCUGGGCAAUUUUCAAUAAACAAUAAAAUUUUUCGGCCAGUACUUUGAAAGCGCUUAUCCAAAUUUAGAACCCAUUCUUCAAAAAUUUGGCCAGUCAUCCAGGCCUUGGAGUUAUAGGCCAGGAUACUGCGAGUUGUAGAAUGAGAGAAAAGCACAUUACUUCGAGUUAUAGAAGUCAUAAUUAUGUAUUUUCGUUCGAGUUAUGGAAGUUCGAGUUACGGAAGGAAAUUUAUAUGUUAAUUACUCUCUUAAUGCUACUGCCAACCCAUUUAGUUCGAGUUAGAGAAAAUUCGAGUUAAAGAAGUUCGAGUUAUGGAAGUUCGACUGUAUUAUAAAAAAGUGGUA